GCUGCGGCGCGGCUGGUUGAUCGACCCACAUGUAUUGAUCGCGAAAUACGGCUGGACUCGAGGCUCGGGGAGACUGGUUAUAAGUCAUGGACGUGUGCUCGAAGAUGGAGUUCUCGAGAGAGAUGGUAGACUCGCGCCUCUGUUCCGGUGUACUCAACAAUAUCGCAAACUCUAGGUUGCCCGACUGACACGCCACAACCACUACCACGAGACAAGAACCCAUAGUUAUCCAAGGACUUGGUCCACUCAACAACUUCCAAGAUGGAGACGGGAGAAUAUGUCGAGGGUAGCGUAUACUUCUACGCCCCUAACAAAGGCGCCCCGGUGUUCUUCGCCGUCGCCUUUGCGGCCUCCGGGGCCUUACACACUUGGAAGUGCAUACAAUACAAGAGCUGGCGUCUGACCGGCCUCUAUGUCUUUUGCGCCCUGCUUUUCACCGUUGGCUUCGUCAUCCGCGAGAUAGGCGCCUUCGACUACGAUGACUUGAUCAAGUUCAUCGCCAGCACCUGUCUGAUCUACGCAGCACCCCCCCUCCUCGAGCUAGCCAACUACAACGUGCUCGGCCGGAUCCUCUACUACGCCCCCUACCACUCGCCCAUCCACCCGGGGCGGGUCAUCUCGACCUUCGCCUUCGUCUCCAUCGUGAUCGAGAUCCUCAACGGCAACGGCGUGGCCUACAGCGUCAACCAGUCCCUCACCCCCUCCCAGCAAGACAUGGGCCGCUCGCUCCUCAAAGCCGCCCUGGCGAUGCAGCUCGGCGUGCUGGCCCUCUUCCUCCUGCUCGCGGGCACCUUCCACUACCGAUGCAUCCGUGCGGGGCUGCGCAACCCCAACCUGCUCAACGCGCUGUACACGCUCUACGCCUCCACGGCGCUCCUGCUAGUCCGCACCAUCUUCCGCGUGGCCGAGUACUGGACCAUCUCGGAGCACGACUUCUGGCGCGACGACAUCGACCCCAGCACGCUCAGCCCGGCGAUCCGCUACGAGUGGUUCUUCUGGGUCUUUGAGGCCACGCUCAUGCUGCUGAACCAUGUGCUCAUGAAUGUGCGCCACCCGCGUAAGUAUCUGCCGCAGAGUACGAAGACGUACCUGGCGCUGGACGGGGUGACGGAGGUGACGGGGCCGGGGUAUAAGGAUGGGCGGUCGUUUUUGGUUACUAUCAUUGAUCCGUUUAAUCUGUGGGGGUUGGUGAAGGGGAAGGAUAAGGAGACGCGGUUUUGGGAGGCGGGGGAGGGGAAGCCGCCCGCGACGAGGGAUGUUGAGGCGCAGGCGCAGGCGUGAGGUUGGGUUUGUUUGGAUGGGAUGGGGGAGAGGAAGGGGAGGUGGUUCUCUGUUUGUUUUGUUUUGUUUUGUUUUGUGUGGCUGGAUUCAAUCUUGGGAGUUUGGGGUAGGGCUUUUUGCGGGAUACCCCCGGAUACAUACGUGGUAGAGUUGGGGUUUAAUCAAUACCUUCUUGAAGUUGGGGAAGUAUGCAUCUUCGUUGCUUCGAGAACCCAGGAGAAGA